UUUGUUUACAUUUGUUGGUCUUGUUCUUGUUUUGAAAUGUUUACCGGUAUAGUCGUGCAUCUUGAAAGUAGUUAAAGAACGUAUUAAAUUAUUAAAACAACAUAAAAAACAAGUAGCAAGAAUAAUGGAUUCGGAACAAGAUGCAUCAUCUUACAGCAGGAAAAAUCUCUUGUCAGCUGAGGUAAAAAGUAUGUGGAAUUUAGUAAAGAUAUCCAAAAAUUUGUGCACAAGAGAGCAGUGUAUACGAUUUGCCGAGGAUAACGGACUCAUAUUACGUUCGAAAUUGUGUUCCACACAUAGAGUUCCAAUGAAAGUAGUAAUUAAGGGAAAUAUUACUGUGGGGUCCUUCCGAUGCCACAGAGGGACCUGCCGAGACAAAAGUAGCAUUUCUAGAGCCAAAGGUACAUGGUUUGAAAAUGCGAAUUUAUCCUUUCCAAAUAUAUAUUAUCUUAUGUACUGUUAUGCUCACCACUGGCCCCAAGCAAUGGUGCGCUUAGAAAAUUUUAAUGAAGGGCCCGUCCUGUCUUCCAAGACUAUAACAGAUUGGUAUAACUUUUGCCGUGAGGUGGUGGUAUCGUAUCAAAUUGAUCAACAGAAGGUCAUUGGUAAAAUCGGUGGCAAGAACAAAGUAGUGCAGAUCGAUGAGAUUAAAUUUGGUAAAGGCAAGCAGAAUAAAGAUAAAAGCCCAGAAAACCAAUGGUUACUGGGUCUGAUAGAGGAUGACAGCGAGGAUCUCAGAUUGGAAAUUUGCAAUGAUAAUGUUCGCUCCGUAGAAGCACUUUUACCACUAAUAAAAAAACACGUGAAGGAGGGUACAAUAAUACGUUCAGAUUUUUGGGACUCUAUUGACAGUUUAACAGGCAGCGGUUACAAAUAUCAAAAAACUAAUUAUGAUGACACAGAGAAUCCUAUAGAUAAUGAUGAGAAUUAUAUUCGAAGAAUUGACAGUCAGUGGCGUGUUGUGAAACGCUUUUAUUAUAGAGAUAAUUUUAAAAAUUGUACCAACUUUGCUGAUAUGAUGGUCGAGUGUUUGUGGCGUAAAUCGAUUUCAGAAAAACAUGAAGAUCCUUUCUUGAAACUCAUAGAAGCUGUUAAAUAUACUUAUAAAUUAUAAAUUGAUAAUAAGUAUCAGCUCCGUCAAAAUAUAAGAUGACUAUUACGUUACGAAAUUAGUAAAAACCUAACCUUUCUUUACAUUAUGACUUUUUUUUAUAAUAUUAUGCAUAAAUUGAAAAAAAUUUCUUACGUUUUCU